CAGUGUCGACUGGAGAGGGAAAACUACCAUCAAGCAAUUUGUAAAAGCCAGACCGGUGGCGUCAUUGCCUCCUCUGUAGUACGCGCAACACUGCGACUCUCCUGCUGCAUUUAUUCACAGCUUAUUCUCAAGUUGCUCUGUGGCUCCUGCACGCUUAAGUGAAAGCAAAGCUGUUCCUCCAAGACUGGUCCUCAUAACACAAUGCGUGUUUGUUCGAUUUGUGUUACUCUGCCACUUGGAUUAGGAGGUUUUGCGCAAGAAGUGUCACAGACAAAUAUAUUGUUUUCUACUCGUCGCGGGACUGAUGGUGGUGUAAAAAAGAAGGUAUUGUACUGCGCGCUCCCCCCACACUACUUCUGUAGUACAGCGUCUCCAAUUUUACGCCGAGGAGGAAUCCUCUCCUCCUUCACAGAUGUUGAAGGGGAGCAUUUUCUACCCGCAACUUAGUGCGCAGCUCACAUGUUACCAAAGGGAUACAUGCUUUUAGUAUUGUGUAGCGGGCAGACCACGUCCAGAUAAUCUCCGUUUACACUGGCCUAUACUUCUCAAGAUACCCAAGAGUUCCCGUUGUGUCGACUGUGCGUCAUCCAUGUUUGAUUAGACUUGUAGUCUGACGUCGCCGGGCACCAUUUAAGUAAAACAUCUCAUACAACGCUGAAAGUCUUCUUUUUUUCAGAGAGAGAGAGAGAAAGAAUAAAAACAUCAGGACUGACGAAAACCACUUUUAUCAAUAAGACGUGGAUCAACAAGUUGCCUCGAGUGCGUAAUAUCCAUCUGAGCGGGGUUCAAGCAUAAUCCGCAACACACGUGAUCGACAAAUCACUUCAGCUGCAAAUAUUUCUCAUUUGUCAAGAGAAAUAAACCCCGGAGCGUCCGCGGAGACACAUCUUGACCGAUUACGGCGAGAAUCAAGAGGAGACCGGCUCCAUGCCUCGCUGCGUCUCCAGAUGCUCGGCUGGCCACCACAUGGUAACUUUGCGCACACAGCACGCUGGGAAGAGGACCCACAGAGAAGGGAUCUGAAUGAAUGGGACUGAGAUUUAUUCGCAUUUCUCUUCUCGCCUCCCGCAGACUGUUGUAUGUGUUAUAUAUCCCGCUGGUUGAAGGUGUCUCACGUUAACACUAGAUAUCGAUUCAGCGGUGGAUAGGUCCGUCACUCGAUUAGGGAGCAGCAAAUGUCGAAGAAACGGAAAAGUCCUGACGACCAGGACUUUGAGGAUUCUCCAACUGCAGGAUGCAGCGACCAAGGCUUGACAGAUGAGAAAGUGAAGGCCUACCUCUCGCUGCACCCGCAGAUGCUGGACGACUUUGUGUUGGAGAGCGUGAGUGCAGAGACGUUGGACAGAUGGCUGAAGAGGAAGACCAGCAGCAGGCCUGCAGAUGACACAUCAGCUAAAGAAGUCAGCAGGCAGUACCAGGACACAAAUAUGCAGGGUGUGGUGUACGAACUCAACAGCUACAUGGAGCAGCGUCUGGACACUGGAGGAGACAACAAACUCCUGCUCUAUGAGUUGUGCAACAUCAUCAAAACAGCAACAAAAGCUGAUGGAUUUGCACUUUACUUCUUGGGAGAAUGCAACAAUAGUUUAUGUUUGUUCACUCCAACGGGGGCCAAGGAUGGCCCUCCAAGCCUCAUCCCCUCCGGCCCCAUCGCAUUUGGGACGACCAUUGCCGCUCAUGUUGCCAAGACUCGCAAAACACUGCUAGUAGAGGACAUCAUGGGGGACGAGCGCUUCCCCGACGGCACAGGGCAGGACUCAGGGAUCCAUGUUCACUCUGUCCUGUGCCUCCCCAUCCUCACUGCCAUCGGGGACCUCAUUGCCAUCCUGGAGCUGCAUCGGCACUGGGGCAAGGAGCCCUUCAACCUCAGCCACCAGGAGGUUGCAACAGCUAAUUUAGCCUGGGCAUCGGUUGCCAUUCAUCAAGUACAGGUGUGCAGAGGCCUCGCCAAACAGACUGAGCUCAAUGACUUCCUACUAGAUGUGUCAAAAACAUACUUUGAUAACAUUGUGGCAAUAGAUUCUCUACUUGAACAUAUUAUGAUAUAUGCAAAAAACCUGGUGAAUGCUGACAGGUGCGCACUCUUCCAGGUAGAUCACAACAACAAAGAACUGUACUCUGACCUUUUCGAUAUUGGGGAAGAGAAAGAAGGCAAACCUGUCUUUAGGAAAACCAAAGAAAUUAGGUUUUCUAUAGACAAGGGAAUAGCUGGCCAAGUGGCUCGGACAGGGGAAGUCUUAAAUAUCCCAGAUGCCUAUGCAGACCCACGGUUCAACCGAGAGGUGGACCUUAAAACCGGCUACACCACGCGGAACAUCCUGUGUAUGCCCAUCGUGAGCAGGGGGACCGUUAUAGGUGUGGUGCAGAUGGUGAACAAGCUAAGCGGAAGUGCCUUCACUAAAACUGAUGAGAACAACUUUAAGAUGUUUGCUGUCUUUUGUGCUCUGGCCUUACACUGUGCAAAUAUGUACCACAGGAUCCGGCACUCUGAAUGCAUUUACAGAGUGACGAUGGAAAAACUGUCUUAUCACAGCAUCUGCACGUCAGAAGAAUGGAAGACCCUUACCCAGCUCAACCUCCCUGCACCCAUUUAUAAAGAGAUCGAAACGUUCCACUUUGACAUAAAUCCCUUUGAGGAGAUCUGGCCUGCUGUCUUUAUCUACAUGGUUCAUAACUCCUGUGGUAAGACCAGCUUUGAGCUGGAGAAGCUGUGUCGGUUCACCAUGUCUGUACGGAAGAACUACCGGCGUGUGCCCUACCACAACUGGAAGCACGCAGUGACGGUGGCACAUUGUAUGUACGCCAUCCUGCAGAAAGCCUCUGGGAUGUUCACAGAGCUAGAGAAAAAGGGUCUGUUGAUAGCCUGUCUGUGCCAUGAUCUGGACCAUCGGGGGUACAGUAACACGUACCUGCAGAAGUUUGACCAUCCACUGGCAGCUCUGUACUCUACCUCCACCAUGGAGCAACACCACUUCUCUCAGACAGUCUCCAUCCUGCAGCUGGAAGGGCACAAUAUUUUCUCCAACCUGAAUUCCAGCGAGUACGAGCAGGUGUUGGAGAUCAUCCGGAAGGCCAUCAUCGCCACAGACCUCGCCCUGUACUUCAACAACCACCAACAGCUGACAGAGCUUCUGACAUCACACGCGCUGGACUUGAACAACCACUCACACAGGGACCGUGUGAUUGGUCUGAUGAUGACAGCAUGUGACCUGUGUUCUGUUACCAAGAAAUGGCAAAUCACACGACUCACGGCCAACGACAUCUAUGCUGAAUUCUGGGCUGAGGGAGACGAGAUGAAGAAGAUUGGAUUGCAGCCAAUUCCUAUGAUGGACAGAGACAAGAAAGACGAGGUUCCCCAAGGCCAAGUGGGAUUCUACAACGCUGUUGCAAUUCCAUGUUACACGACCCUAGCAGAGCUUUUCCCUCCAUCCAGUCCUCUUCUAAAAGCCUGCAAGGACAACCUGGGCCAGUGGGAGAAGAUAUCGCGAGGAGAGGCGGAGGACAUCGUGCCCAGCCGGCCUUGUGAUUCAGGCCCAGUCAAGGUGGACAACUGACUACCAAAGUGGUUUCUGGCCCACCAAAGGAAUACAACCUGAAUCCUGCCAUGGACCUGGUACUCUGUAGGGGAAAGAACCCGCAUCCUGUGUUAACAGGAGACGGAUCAGCUAAAGGCGACUUGACUUUGAAAAACACACAGUUACCUCAUUGGGUGACGGAGGUGUCAACACUGACGGUUUCACCGAUCCCACAGACUGACAAACAGCCGAUGGGGAGGGACUUCAACCCAUCACCCUACAUCCAUUCAGCUUGGGAAUUCAUUUGGUAGAAUGGACUUGUGCCGUUUUGGUUGUUUUAUUUUAGCUAUUUUAUGUUAUUUUAUGACUUGUUUUUUAUUUGAGCUGAUUCUUUUAUGGUCUUGUAUUUACAGAGGCCUUACUCUGAACCUUUCACAGGCUAGAAUAUGUGAAAUCUUGUUGUCGGUUCAGGCUUUUAUUUUAAAAUGGUACUGUUUGCCUUCUGUGGUAGGUUUAUCGUACGCGCACUACUUUAGCAAGGUAUUCCCAGAGACAGAAGGAAUGUGUAGAGCAGAUGUAUGAUGUAACGCCAUCUUACUGAGAAGGUGGACGUCAGAAUGUUUUUUUUAUUACUUUUUGAGCAAAAAUCCUUUGCAGUACUUGAAUAAAGACAUACAGCCUAUUCUAGGUGGAGAUGGCAGAAAUCCCCCGCAGCAAAAUUCUAAAAAACAUGGACAAACUGUGACAAGAGGAGUUAAGAUAAUAUCGACACUUGUGAAUACAGUCACAAGAGAGUCAUAAUGUUUCUCUCUGAAGUGGACCCCACAGCACUGCCCCUGGCCCCCAUGACAUUUGGGAACCUGCUGCAUAGUACUUUCCUCUGAUUACAGAAUCUGAUCCCAGACCAGCAGUUACAGUGAUGUUAGUAAGAUGGAAAAUGAGCGUGAUGCACACAUAGCAGCCCUUUCACAUCAGUUACAGUGAACCAAGACUGCAUACAAUUGAAUUUCCACUCAUAAUAAUCUUCACGCCACUAUCACAUCAUAAAUUAUUUUACACUACAAUCUGGUUGCUCUUCAUUAAACAGUAAUCAUUUCUUCAACCAUGAAUAAAACACAAGUAAAAUGAGGAUGAUGCAGAAAUUGGCUAAGUGUCCUAGGAUUAUUAACAAACUUUUUACAUGUUACUUAAUGUCCAAACAGCACCCUCAUUUAAGUCACAUUAAGGCGUGAACUAUUGAGCUUUAAAUUAAAUAAAGGGUGAAGGGUGGAAUAAUUUGUAGCCUAUACAGUCUCUCUUUGUCAAAUCUGUAGAGUGAACCGUUUAUGACGCUGAACACAUUUUGCUGUUGAUGCCAGGCACAGCAGCUCAACAGACGUCUCAAAAGCAGCCAGCUUUAUAUUUUCCCCAUAAUGACAAACCUGUAAAGCUUAAGUGCAUCACAUGUCUAUCUCUGGGAUUGCAACUCAGAAAUGUUGGUCGACUUAUAUCAGGUGUGUCACAGAAGUUCCCCCUCACAUCCACGACCUGUCGAUGGAAAUAAAUCCUCCUCCUUUUAUGCUGACUCUCCAACAUCAUGCGAGGGGGUACAUUUAGACUCUCCCAAAUGAGUUUCCGAGAUCUUCCAAAAGACAAAUGUUUUGUCUGAAACUGUCAUUCCAGUGGAGAUGGUCCCUUCAAGACUGAAAUUACCGCUCAGAUAAUUUGUUUUUACGACUGGUACUGUGGCCCCCUCCAAUGGUGUGAAUGUAUACCUUGAUGAAUGUUUUGUUGAUUGCAGAUCCUCGGUGGUGGCAGUUUUCCAUGAUGUGCUCUGUCUUACUUUUCAGAAUUGCUUCCAGUAAGCUUCAACCAAGAGCAACAAUUAGCAUGCACCUAAACUGAAGUUUAUAUAUAAUUUUGCAUAUACAGUAAUAGGUGUAUACUGUGUACAAUCUAGGAAUUAGUUUGUACAGACUGAGAUGUAUGCUCUGAUGGUGCUAAACUGAAUGGCAGUCAUGCACUUUCCGACUGAGUGUGUACACUGUGUGUGUGUUUGUAUGUAAGUAUGAGUGCUGUGUGUGUGUGUGUGUGUGUGUGUGUGUGUGCGUGCGUGUGUGUGUGUGUGCGUGUGUGUGCGUGCGAGAGAGAGAAAGCUUCUGACUGUCCCCCCCACCCCUCCAACCCCACCUGAGAACAUGGUUAAGUCCAUAACACUGCACUGUCCCUUCUACUUUUCAGCACCAGUUAUAUCCCAUUGUCUGCACUAUGUUUAGCUUAUGAUCUUUAUCAUUAUUAUUAUUAUUAUUGAUGAUUAUUAUUAUUGCUAUUAUUACUAUUGUUAUUUUCUUAAUUAGAGUUAAAUUUAAAUUAACUUAUAUUUUUUAUACAGAGAAAAAUAAUGUUGGCCUUUUUGUUUUGUACAAAGUAAACAUUAAGAUAAAUAAACAAAAUGGUCUAGACAUGUUACUGUUACCCAGAAUAAUUGCGGAAUGUCUCAACUGUAAAUGUAAGAGCAGUAGCCCAAAUGACUUUUAUUAAAUACCUGAAAAACA